UGUUUACGAUGAAAGAUGAUGUACGUCGAGUUUACUUUCACACCACUUAAAUUGGAACGUUACAGAACCGUUUCGGAAUCAGAAUCAUCUUUAUUUGCCAAGUAUGUCCAAAACACACGAGGAAUUUGUCUCCGGCAGCCGGAGCCGCUCUAGUACGGCGGACGGUCAAUUUGCAGAACCCUUUGGCGACAUAAAGACAUUGACAAAAAACAAUUGCGCAAAAAGAUGCGCAAUGCGCAAAAGUCCUCUAGCACUUAGAGCAGUUCCAAUGACUAAUAUUGCAAUAGUCCGGUGCACUGAGCAUUGUGCAAAGGGCGCUGAGACUUCAAGGUGUGUAGUGGCGCAGUUUCUAUACAGGUUUUACACAGUCUCACUGGUUUCUUUUCUCCGUGAAUAUCAAUUCCUUUCAUGCCUCACAACAGCGAGUUACGGACACGCAAAUGUUUGGGUUAAAGUAAGGUGUUGGAAUUGAUGUCCUCCAUGUACUCAUUCUAAAUUAGCGACACAACAGAUUUCAUUUUAGUAAUGAUAGUCAUGGAAUCAAUAGUAAAAUUUAAAGAGUCUUAUCUCUAAAUCUGGCAUUCUAGUUGACCUCGUUUGUUGAGAUUUGGGAACAGAAAUGCCUGUGUCGCCGGGGUCAAUCUGUUCCCAUCAAGAAAAACAUUCAUGAACUCAAACUGGAUUUGAAGGUUCAAAAAUGGAAAGAUAAUCGAGCAAUGCCUGGAUUGCAAGUGGUGUCCCAUAUCAUGAGGCUGGAUUCGCGCCGCUUCGAAUGAGUCGCCUUACGACACGACGUCAAUUCCGUCCGUCCGUUUUCCGAAGCACUCGUCCUCAUUAGCAUCGUGGGUGAACUGGCGCGGGGUUCACUCGCCAAUCGCAGCAGAGCACAUAUAGACGAAUUGCCCUUCACACCGAUGGACAUCUUCAAUGGACUGACUGAAAAUGCAUGUUUUAGGGAUAUGGGAGGAAGUACCCUGCAAAAAAAACAAAACACAAAAGAGAUCACAUGCAAACUCCACACGGGAAGAGCAGAGCCGAGAUUUGAACUGCGAGGCAGAUGUGCUGCCGACGCAUAAGCUAUCGUGUUUAUAGAUCUUCCGGUAUGAGAAAAAAAAAAAAAAAAAGUCCCAAAAACAUUUGUGCUGAGUCCAGAACCGCUUUCUGCGAAGUCCACUGAGGUCUCGUUUGUUGCCACGCAUGAGGUUGUUGUGCGAUUUCAACAACAAGUGAAGAGGAGGAGUUAGGACCACCUCCGUCAGUAGACGAGGCAGCCGAUGCGCUGAUGACCAGACUGGGCUUUUUAUUGGGAGAAAAGAUUAUCAACGAAGAACCUGGGUCACCUCACCAUGCCCAAGUCGAUGGACGGAGGAUUUCACCUUCCUCCAGCCUGGACAGCAGCAACACUUCGCCCUCGCCCACACUACCGCCCCCUGCUGGAGUGGAGGGCAACAACAACAACAAACCAUCCAUCUGUGCCUCUGUCACCUCCCCCACAUCAACACUGGAGAGCAGGGAUAGUGGAAUCAUAGCUACAUUGACCAGCUAUUCCGCCGAAUCGGCAGCAGAGCGCGACGACGACGCCGCCAAGCGCACCGGCGACGCUUACCAGGACGGCAGCCUCAAACUGUGGAAGCGGGCGGGGCGGCCAGCGGCGGCGUGGACUUCCUCUUCCUGUACGAUAGCGACGGGAAGCUCGAACGACGGCUUCCUCUGCAGGGCUGAGGACGACAUGGCUUCCACGUACAGCCUUAACAAACUCCACCCAGAUUGGGGACAAGACUCCAAGCGCUUGUCUGGAUCCACCCACUCCAUCCCCCUCUACCUUAUGCCUCGCCCCAAUUCCGUUGCUGCCACUAGUUCUGCUCAACUUGAAGAUCUGGCCUACCUGGAUGACGAGCAAAGGGCCACCCCUUCCAGGGCGUCGCUCAGAAUGCCCAGACAGAAUUCUGGAAGUCGAAGUCAGCAGGAAAAGAGAGUUCUCUUGACUCCAUAUCUUAGCCUGAAGCCCCUCCACUUUGAAAUUCCCGGACUGUUGUCUGAUUGGAGGUUUACCGGAAGGGAGUGGCUCUUCCAGGAAGUCGACACCUGUCUCUCCAGCGACGACCCCUUAAUCAAUCAAGGGGUCGUGAUUGUCGGAAACAUGGGCUUUGGCAAGACGGCCAUCGUCGCCCGCCUCGUGUCGCUGAGUUGUCACGGGAGCCGGAUGUGGCCGACAUCCGCCGGCGUCCGGACGCUGCCCAAAUGUGCCGAAUCCGGCCCCCGUGAUUCACUGGGGCGAGGGGGAGCAGAUGAAGGAGGAGGGGGCAGCUGCCCAGGGACUCCGGAGGUCAAGAGGAGACAGCGAGAGGCGAUGCUGCGGCUCGCGGGACAGGUCGUUUCCUAUCAUUUCUGUCAGGCCGAUAACUGUCACACGUGUCUGGUACCGGAGUUCGUCCAUAACACGGCGGCGAUGUUAACCGAAGCCCCUCAGCUGUCGGCGUAUCGGGAGCUGCUGCGUCGAUCGCCGCAGCUUCAGAGCUCGCUCGGUUUGCGAUCCUGCAUCCAAGACCCGAGCUCCGCCUUCCAGAAAGGGAUUUUAGAACCACUGGAUGCUCUUUACAAGGAGAGGAGGUUGCAUGUGGAGGGGGCAGGGAUCAUUUUACUGAUUGAUGGGCUCAACGAGGCAGAGUUCCAUCGGCCGGACUAUGGUGACACACUGACCUCCUUUUUGUCGCGAAACAUUCACAAAUUUCCUUCGUGGUUAAAGAUCAUUGCCACUGUGAGGACCAAUCAACAGGACAUCGCUCGCUCUUUACCUUUUCACCGCAUCUCUUUAGACGGGAUGGAGGAAAACAGUGCCAUAGAUCAAGACCUGCAGGGUUACCUGACGCAACGUAUCCACAGCAGCCCUGAGAUUCAGAGCAACGUGUCACUAAGCAACGGUCGCCCCGACAACACGGCACUGACCAAGCUGAUAAGCCAUCUGAAGAGCCUAAGCAAAGGCUCCUACCUCUACCUGAAACUGACCCUAGACUUGAUAGAGGGGGGAUACCUGGUCCUCAAGAGUUCCAGCUUUAAGGUAGUUCCCGUAAGCCUCGCGGAGGUCUACCUGCUGCAACUAAACAUGCGGUUUCCCACGCAGUCAUCUUUCCAGAGAGUUAUACCGCUGCUAAAUGUAACUGUGGCAACGCUGCACCCGCUGACUGACCAACAGCUUUUUGAGGCCAUAAAUGCCGGCACUCUGACUGGCGGGGCGAUGCAGUGGGUCGAGUUCAUGCAGCGCCUGGAGCAGCUGUUUCCUUUCCUCAUACAGAGGACCGACGGCAGUCGGAUGCUGAACCACACCUCGUUCAGGGAGUGGCUGGUGUGGAGGGAGGAAGGGCAGGACGACAGGUUCCUCUGUGACCCCAGGAGCGGUCACACGCUCCUGGCUUUCUGGCUCUGCAGACAGGGAGGAAAGUUGAACCGACAGCAGACCCUCGAGCUGGGCCAUCACAUCUUAAAGGCUCACAUCUACAAGGGCUUAAGCAAGAAACUUGGGAUUUCCUCCUCAAUUCUGCAGGGCCUGUGGCUGUCUUACAGCACAGAGAACUUGAACCAUGCUCUCUCAUCACUGCGCAACCUUUACACCCCCAACAUCAAGGUGAGCAGGUUGCUGAUUACGAGCGGGGCCGAUGUGGAUUAUCGGAGCGGCGUCCUCAACGACGCCCCCCUGCUAUGUGUCCACGCUCAUUUGGGCCACGAUGAUGCCGUGGCCCUUUUACUUGACCAUGGAGCGCAGGUGGAUAUUCAGUCACACGAUGGGUUGACCGCGCUUGGAUUUGCAGCUUCUGCCGGACAUCUGGAUGUUAUAACCCUGCUUAGUCAGCACAAAGCCAAGGUCGGUCACGUCGACGCGUCGGGUCGGUGCGUCGGCGUGCACGCAGCUCAGCGGGGCCACCUCCACGUGCUCCGUUUCCUUCUGAAGCACGCCGACUGGAGCUGCGCUUCCUGCUGCGGCCGGAGAGGCGUGAGCAGGAGCCAGGCGCUGCAGCAAGCGCUGACCGCAGCCGCCAGCAUGGGCCACACGCAGAUUGUAUCUUAUCUACUGGAUCGUCCAGAGGAAGAUGAUAAGGAGGAGGAAAGACCUGAGAUCAACACAGCUGACAGUCUUUGGGGAGAGACAGCUCUGACAGCAGCAGCAGGAGGUGGCAGGUUGUCAGUCUGCAAGCUGUUAUUGGAUCAAGGAGCUUCUCUGGAGCAAGGCAGCAGACGAAGUGUCUUACCGCUGUUCAGUGCGGUCAGGCGGGGCCAUCGGCAGGUGGUGGAGUUGUUGUUGAAUCACGGGGCGCGGGUCAACAUGGUGGACCAGCAUGGCCGCACCGCUUUGAUGACAGCAGCCUCAGAGGGUCACGUGACCACCGCCAAAUUGCUGCUAGAUCACAGUGCGUCUCUGGAUCUGGCUGACAGGGAAGGCUUAACAGCACUGAGCUGGGCGUGUCUGAAAGGCCAGCUCCCAUUGGUCAGAGAGCUGGUGGCGAGAGGUGCAGCCACAACACACAGUGACCGCAGUGGUCGGACACCUUUGGAUCUGGCUGCGUUCCGCGGGGAUCCUGAAGUGGUGAAGCACCUGGUGGACCACGGCGCAUCCGUGGAACACGUGGAUUCCAGUGGGAUGCGACCGCUGGAUCGAGCGGUCGGGUGCAGAAACACUUCGGCCGUCGUCGCUCUGCUGAAAAAGGGAGCCCAGAUAGGACCAGCCACCUGGGCCAUGGCUACAUCCAAACCGGACAUUUUAAUGGUUCUUAUCAGUAAAUUGGUCCAAGAGGGUGACAAACUGUACAAGCAAGGUAAGGUGCGGGAAGCCGCUCAUUCCUAUCAGUCCGCGCUUCAGAAGUUCCCAGCCGACGAGUUGGAGACAUUCAGACAGCUGAGAGUGUGCGUGCUCCUCAACCUGUCACGUUGUCGCCGCAAGAUGAAUGAUUUCGGCCUCGCCGAGGAGUUCGCUACCAAGGCUUUGGAGCUCAAGGCCAAAUCUUAUGAGGCCUUCUACGCCAGAGCGCGUGCCAAACGCAGUGGCAGGCAGUUUCACGCAGCCCUGGAAGAUCUGCUGGAAGCCAGCCGCCUGUGUCCUUCCAACCGGGAAAUUCAACGCCUGUUGUCUCGGGUCAAGGAAGAGUGUCGACAGCAAGCACCGAAACAAGACUCGUCCACUCGAGGAAACUUGUCUAACUGUGAUGCGAGGGGCGGAGAUUCCGAUUACCUGCACGUUCACGCCAAUGAGGCGUUCGCGAACGACGACGAGAGUGAAGUGGAUAGGAAUAAGUGGAAUAUCUACGGCCGUGCGGGGGUGCAGUUACCUCCUUCCCUCUCCCCGACUCACAAUGCGCACAGUCCCCAGUCGAGUCCCACCCAUUCGCCCUCGUCCUCCCCUUCUCGCUGUUUCAGCCCUCCGACCUCGCCGCGGCAGCAUCGGCGGCCCACCGGUCCGUUGGCGGAGCGCAAGAUGUUAUCUGCUCACCGUGCAGACCAGAACCAGGGAAUACAGCAGCAUCACCGUCAGGCGAGAUCUUUUCCGAACCAAAACCAGUGGCUCCAAGCAGCCAAAGUCCAGGUUGUCAGAACGGGUCAACCCGCUUCAGCGGUCCACUCGAGCGUGGUUUUGGGCAGCUCCGCCUACUCCCAGUUUGCCCGACUGCCGCAAGAACUCGCUGAACUCGGCGAGGGUUUUUGCCCGAGCCCCUUUGAUAUGAAAGCUAGCCAGCAGGUGCAUGCGAGUCUGGGUCACGGCCCUUCAUAUCUACGAGAGAGUGCGGAUGUCGACCUGGUUUACCAGUCCCAACCUGCCCCCGCCUACGGGGCAGGGACGAGUCGCUUCGGGCAGCCCCGUCAGUUCAGCCGCAACCAAGCCAAAGCCGCCUAUUAUCCCAUGGAAGUGACUGAAAUGGCAAACGCUCCACCUGACGAUCAUCAGUACCUCCACCAGGCGGGCCUACGACACCCGACCUCGCCCGCUCUGCCCCAGAGACCCGUCAUCCACUCCCACAGCACCGACGUCUGCGUCUCCGCGAGCAGCGGCAGCCUCGCUAGCGGGCAGCAGGCCAACCGGGGCCCGAGUUUCAGGACCUCGGCCUCCACGCAGCACGUGAACUUACCUUCACGCGCUUUUCCAGGAGAAAUGAUUGGUCACCCCGAUGACCUCAUGCUCAACUCCUCUCCCCAAGGAGAGUGCGUGGUAGGAGGCGGGACUUAUCCCGGAGAGGCCGGUCGUUCGUCGAGAAACACGCCUCACGUGGGCCUUAAUGACAAGUCUGUCAGGGUGCUCCAACAAUAUCAGCGACAAGCUGCGCCCUCGUCCUCACCUAGCCUCAGCCCCUCUCGAUCGUGGGCGGUGUCUUCGGUGGACACCGUCAUUGCGUCGCCCGGCAAACACGCCAAGGAGCUGAGCCGAUCGCAGCAGGCCUUCUCCAUCGCCUAUCACAACCGCAGCAACAACAACGGCCACUGUGACAAGCAGCUACCCUACUACGGUGCGUUGCCGGGCAACAAUCCUCAGGUCGCCGCUCAGAAGCUGCCUUACAUUGACGUAAAGCUUGCGCGAACACUGCCAGUCAAUCGCAAAAUGUGUCCGACCUCUCCUGUCAAAGCUAAAAGACCCUUUGUGGAGUCGAAUGUAUAGAGAAGAGGAAGAAGUAACCUUAUUUGUACAACGCGAGAGAAGGGUAAGACUUUAACUGAUAACCCUUGAAUGGUAUUGAGGGUUCAUCAGAGCAGAUUUAGUUGAGAACUGCACAUUACAAGAUGUCAUACUUCAUUGUACAGAAGACGGUAGGAAGCUCGAUGGGAGGAGAGCGGAAUGUCGUCCGAGCACAAGAAGGAGCAGGGGCGUCUGAGGUGGACUUGAUUCCUCCUCCGUGACUUCCUCUGGACACCCGUGGAUGCAGAUCUGGAUGCACAGUAGCAACUUGACGCCUUCGCCGGAGAUCUGCGCGAGCGCUUAACCCGCUCCCCCCGCAAAUCUGCGUGGAAAAACACUGCGCGAUAGUAUGGCCAGCCAGAGCGCAUCCGUAUCCUUCGAUAUCCUACCAGUAUGCUGAAUUGUCCGCACUAGUCCAACAAGUAGGCCGCAGCAGUAUAAUGGCUGUCUUACUAGUGAGGGGUGGGGGGGUUCCGCGACAGUGGACCCGCGCUCUAUUCGCAAGGGAUUUGGAUUGGCCCCGACUAAGAAAAGCGAAAAUCUGCAAAUAAUUGACGGCCAUUAUAAUUGCCAUGGAAUUUUUUAACAAGAUCAUCUGCAUCUCCUUUCUUGUGAAAACAUCCUAUUGUACUUAUUGUAAGACAGGUUUGACAAACAUCUUCUUUUAAGAAUCUUGCCAAGUCAAUUCAUGGUCAAUAGCGUAAAUUCUACGUAAGAUUUAGCAUUUUGGCAGUGUCGGGCACACUAGUAUAACAACCGCAUGUUUCUAGUGAGGCAAACUGUUGACAGCUGCACUCUAUUAGUACUACUAGUGACGCACCAGAUGUUAACUCGUUGAAUUUUAUAAAGUCUCCGGUGGUACUAGUAGUGUGGAGUUGUCAACUACUGCAGUUUUGCCCCACUAGUAACAUGUAGAGGCGGCACAGUGGGCGACUGGUGAGCACAUCUGCCUCACAGUUCUCGGGACCGGGGUUCAAAUCCCGGCCCCGCCCGUGUGGAGUUUGCAUGUUCUCCCCGCGCCUGCGUGGUUUUUCUCCGGGCACUCCGCUUUCUUCCCACACCCCAAGAACAUGCGUGCUAGGUUCAUUGAAGACUCUAAAUUGCCCGUAGGUGCGAAUGGUGGUUUGUUUCUAUGUGCCCUGCGAUUGGCUGGCGACCAGUCCUGGGUGUACCCCGCCUCUCCCCCAGACUCUGCACGACUGCGACCGUAGUGAGGAGAAGCGGUACGGAAAAUGGAUGGAUAGUAACAUGUAGUCGUUCUACUAGUAUGCCCUAGUUGUUCUAUUAGUGCACCGAUUUGUCGUAUCAGUGAGGACAAACAGCGCACUAGUAUCUGGACAAUUCAGCGCAAUAUUGAAUAAAUGCUCAGUCGGCUUGCCAUUGGAUAGCGCCUCUGCGAUUGGCCGCGCUGAGGCGGUAAGAGUGAGAAAGUGCCCAGCAGUUUGAGAAACCUCACUGUCAUCAAGACCGACUUGGUGUGCAAAGACAAGAAAAUUGUAUUUAUGUUUUUUUUUUUUUUUUUUAGUUGUCUGUCUUAAAAUGUGUACAUUUUGUUGUCUUGUCUUUUUGCUUUGAAAAGGGGGACAAAAAAAGAAGAGAUGUAUAUAAUUUUGUGUGCAUACGCCAAUUUCUUACACUGUUAUACAUUGAGCAUCCUGCAAAAAAAAAAAAAAAAAAAAAGUCUCACGUCUAGCGGUAGUACUUUUCGCUUUUGUUUUAGCCACAAUGAUUGCACGUGCGUGUUAGGGCUACAUUGAAAAGACACACACACACAAAAUAAAAAAUAAAAAAAGGGAAAUUGCACAAUACAAUAAAAUGGUCGUGGGGGGAAUAAAGUCGCUAUAGUAUUAAAAAAAAUAAAAAAGAAAUGUUUAAUGUCCUGAGAAUUUUCAUGAAGUGGUAUUAUAUUUUAAGUUCGGCCCUAAUUGCUAUUGAUUAUUGCCAUGGAAACAGCAGUUCAGACGAUGGAUUGCAUUCCUGUUUCACUCCUGUUCCAUAGUUAGCGGUUGUAGCCCAAGCGUUCGGCCUACUUCCAAGGCCGAAGACCACGUACGGUAUUUGACCAACCUUGAGCACAAGUAGCCAGUGAGCGUUGAAAAUUGUCUUAAGAGAUUCACGCAUUCGUUCUCUGUGCAGCGUAUCCUUUGUAGGGUCACGGGCCCGACGUGUUUCAGUUCCUUUCUUCAAAGUUUUGUGUGUUUCGUGGACGUGAAUGUGUUUUCAUUUCUUUUUAUACGUUUCCGAUAAAACGAGACUUCUGACCUGUCCGUGGUGGUACAGUUCUCCGCUGCUAUGACACGUUCGGCAGCCGUGAGUUUGAGCGCUUGGAAUUCUAAAACGGCCACUUGUAUUAAACACAGAUGAAAAUCAUUAAACGUCACCGACAACUCUGCGUAGUGUGUUAUUCUGUGACUGCAUGUUCAAAAGAAUGUCAGAAUGUUGGUGUCAACCGGAAUGAAAUGUAGCCAAUACCCAUCUCUUCAUAUGGGCCUGAUACUGCUUGAGAGAUUGUGAAGAUGAUGUUGUGCGACUCUAUUUUGCAGCACUGGAAAAUACAUAAACAGCUCUGUAGUCAUUCAAAAUACUACAAUUCACACGAACACGUAAAUGUGUGUCCAAUGUAACAUAUUUAUACAUUCAGCUUCAGAACAUACAAUCACCAGUAGCCAUCCAGAUACACACUGUGGCCCAAAUUAUUACGCGAUAGGAUUUAUCCUCUUCUUAUUAUCCGCUAAUUCUCUUUGAGCGUGCCAAUCAAAAGUGAACGCGAUCACAGCAUUUGGUAUCGUUUUGUCCGAUACAUUUGGGUCGUCGCUACUCAAUUCAAUGCUACGAUAACAAUAAGUGAAUCAAGGAAACUCCACAAAAGGUCAAACUGUGUGGCGAGCAGUUUGAAGUCAGAAUGAAGCGAAUGAGUUAGGGCAUGGUGGGUGAGUCCCCUUCAGUCAGGGUCUUGAAGUGGACCGCCAAAGACUCCUCCUCGGGGUUGGGUGGCCGCCUAUACUCUUCCCUGGUGAUGAUGUAGCACAUCAGCACCCCAAAGACCACAAGCAGGAUGCCCAAAACGUUGGCCAGAACCCCCUCAGGCGGAAAGUUCGAAUAGGUUAACCUGGGCCAGAGAGGAACAAGUUACUACUCGUGCGACAGUGAAAUCCGCCACAUAUUUGCAAUUUGACAUUGACAAAUUCACCCAUUUGUGGACUUGUGAAGGAACCUAGCCUCCGUUUUUCACCAAUAAAACGCUUCUGUUUUUGUGCUCAGGCCAAAGCAAUGACAGAACGUUUACUUUUGCACGAUGUUGUGGCCUAUUGGUAUCAAGGAACUGUGUUGAAGAGAAUUGAGGAGCCUCAAUUAGACAAACGUGUUAUUUUGUUCGCAUCUUGUGGCAUAACGGUGCCAACAAACUGCUGUGUGUUGAAGUGAGUUGAGCAGUUUCAAACAGACGAAAGUAGAGCUUUGCCACCAGCUUCCAUCCAUCCAUUGUCAACACCGCUUAUCCUGGUUAGGGUCGCGGGGCGCCGGAGCCUAUCCCAUCUGACUUGGGGCGAAAGGCGGACUACACCCAGAACUGGUCGCCAGUCAGUCGCAGGGCGCACAUAGACACGGACGACCAUUCGCACUCACAUUCACACCGUCACUGAGUGGGAACUGAUCCCACGCUGCCCGCACCAAAGUCAGGCGAGUGCACCGCUACACCAUCAGUGACCCGUUUUAUCACCAUCUUGUGGACUCUAUAAGCAAU